AUGUCUCAAAUUCUUCAUUCCACCACUGACUUUGGUCUGAACCUACUCCGGCAACACAACCUGAACGAGUCUCUUGUCUUCUCUCCACUUUCCUUAGCUCUGGCUCUUUCUCUUGUUCAUUUGGCAGCAAGAGGAGAAACUAGAAAUGAAAUACGGGAGACUAUUGCCAGCGGAAGUACCGAAGAACAGUAUGAACAACAUUUUUCGAAUAUCUCCACAUCUCUCUCGGCCAACAAUGAGAAGAUUGAAAUCAAAAUUGCUAAUCACAUAUUUCAAAGAUAUCAUAUAUCAGGUCUUGUUGCCGUUCUCAUUAAUGCUCUAUACUUCAAAGCAAAGUGGAGAAAUCCAUUCUAUCCACAAUCCACAUCGAAAAGAACUUUCUACAGUUCCGCUGCUUCAAAGCGGGAAAUCGAUUUCAUGCAUGCCAGAAAAGUUUUCAGAAAGUACUCUGAAAAUGAUCAAUUCGAAAUUUUAACACUUCCCUAUCAAGAUGAGACUUUCACAUUGAGCAUUUUUCUUCCAAUAAACAUAUUUGAUUUGACAAACUUACUCAAAAAAUUAGACUCUGUUACUUUCCAAAAACUUCUUUCCAAUAGUACAAACACUUUUGUGAAUGUGGCGAUUCCGAAGUUCAAGAUUGAAACCGAAUCGAAACUAAACGAGGCUCUCAUGUCACUUGGUAUCAAAACGGCAUUCAGCAAUUCCGCUGAUCUUGGAAAUAUGGGAAAUGGAAUUUAUGUUAAUGAGGUUUUUCACAAGGCAUUGAUUGAGGUCAACGAAUCUGGAACAACGGCUGCUGCAACUACUAAUGUAAAUAUACUUGUCUCCGGUUUAAGGAUGUCAAACAGAACUAAAAAACCGAUAGAAUUCAUCGCAGAUCAUCCAUUUCUUUUCGUCCUUUCGAAGGAUAACAACCCAAUCUUCCUUGGAAUUUAUAAUUAG